AUGAGGCCCUGGGGCGCUGCGGUGCUGGCGGGGCUGCUCGCGGGGCUGCUCGCGGGCCCGUCCGCGGCACACGAUGUUGCGCUCGACGAGGGGCUGUCGCAGAUAUUCGUGUGCGCGCAAGUCGCCGUCCUCGUCAAGAAGACCCCGGAGGACUACCCGAACGGCCGGGUCGUGCUCACCAGCGCCGACGAUGCCGUCAUGGACGCCUUCUCCCUCGAGCAGGACGACGGCAUGCUCAGCAUCAAGGCCACGCGCUUCGAAACGAGGAACCCGGUCGAGCUGACGGUGUACGUGCCCCCGCUGCCGUCCCUGGUCGUCUUCAAGGCCGGCCCCGGCGCCGUCGUCCUCGCGCCUGGUCUCUCGUUCGAGGAGGAGCUGACCGUCGCUGCCGAGUCGGGGGCGUCCGUGUACGUCAAGGACGUCUCCACGCCCAGCCUGAUCCUCCGCGACACGGGCGCCACGGACCUCUUCGUGAGCGGAGAGAUCGGCGACGUCGACGUGGACGCGCGCGGGAGCUCCAGCAUCGCCCUCGAUGGCGUGCGCGGCGCUGUCACCAUCGACCUGAUCGGGAGCCACGAGCUGACCGUCGCCGGCGCCGGAGACAGCAUGUCCAUCACCGGAACCCUCGUCGGGAACGGCGUCGUGCGCUACGAGGGCGGCGCGUGCAGCGUUGCGCCGCCCGCCCGCGCGCCCGACCUGACGGCGCUGUUCGCGAACCCCUUCGUGCCCGUGGCGACGAAGGACCGCCUGCGCCGGCAGUUCUCGCAGCCGCCCUUCGCGUCGCCGUGCGUCGAGUCCGCGGUCGAGGUGGCGCGCGAGGCCCCGCAGUGGACGUGCGGGGUCUCCCCCGAGACGGUCGUGCGGUGCACCGCCGUCGACGGCGAGGACGCAGGAGGCCGCCGCCGCCGCCGCGGUCUGUUCCAGACCGUUGCUGACGUCACGAACGUCGGUACCGGGACCGUCGUGAGCGAGGGCUCGGCGGUCGCGACCGGGCCUGGCGUGGGCGGCGACGCGAAUCUCCCGGCCGCGGCGGAGGAGGCGCUGCGCAGUGCUGGCAUCGACCCCUCUGCGACGGGCGCAGGCGAGCCCGCGCAGGACGCAGCUGAGCCCGACGAGGGCUCCGAUCCCGCUGACGCAAGCAGCUCCGACUCGGAGUCCGAUUCCGAGUCUGACGCGGAGUCUGCUGACUCAGUCGACGGCGAUGACGGCGACGCCAGCGCGGCGUCGUUCGCGACGGCGUCGGUGCUGGUCGAGGGCACGUGCGACUUCGAGGGCGACCUGACGAUGCCGCUCGAGGACGGAGGGGCGCAGGACGCGGAGGACGACGCGCCCUGA